CAUGGACACAUGAGGACACUUUGAACAUCUCAGAAGCAAAACUCCUGCAAUGGCUGAACGAGAGAGUUUCAUCCUCAACAUGGAUCUGAGAAGUCGUGAGAACAACGCGGCUCACCGCACCCUGGACAUUGACCGGAGGCGCCUGAUUGUGCGCCGGGGCCAGCCCUUCUCCAUUACUGUGCAGAGUCCCAAUUCCCAGCUGUUCAAAGAGCGGCUGAAGCUGAUGCUUCAUAUGGGCAGAAGUAACCAGGUGGAGAUCAAUGUCCAGAAAGAGCUUGGCAUCAAAGGCAAGUGGUGGUUCAGCCAGAUGAAGGUGCAGAAUGAGUUGCUGCUGACCGUGCACAGUCCAGCAGAUGCCAUCAUUGGACCGUGCCGCAUGACUAUACUGGUGAUGUCAGACAAGAACGCUGUGAAGAAAACUGGUGAAAUCAGCUUCCACCUGCUCUUCAACCCCUGGUGCAAAGACGAUGUGGUUUUUCUGUCUGACACGAGGCUGCUGCAGGAGUACAUCAUGAAUGAGAACGGAGUCAUUUACACAGGGAGCUGGAACAACAUUGACAGCCGCCCCUGGAACUUCGGGCAGUUUGAGGACAACAUGAUAGACAUCUGUUUCCAAGUCCUGGACAACUCCAACAGUGCUUUGAAGAACUCCAAGGUGGAUCUGGAAAGAAGGUUUGACCCGGUGUACGUCAGCAGGAUAAUCAGCAAGAUGGUGAAUGCUAAUGGGGACAGAGGCAUACUAUUUGGGAGCUGGAGCCCACCUUAUUAUGGUGGGGUCUCUCCGAGUCGAUGGACCAGCAGUGUGCCGAUCCUCCGGCAGUGGAGCCGCUCUGGCAUCACAGGGGUUAAAUACGGCCAGUGCUGGGCGUUUGCAGGUGUUGCAUGCACAGUCCUACGCUGUCUGGGGAUUCCAACGCGUGUCAUCACCAACUUCUCCUCAGCCCACGACGUGGAUGGAAACCUCUCAGUAGAUUAUGUGGAAAACUUUGACGGCGGCAACAAACAAGACAGCAUAUGGAACUUCCACUGCUGGGUGGAGACAUGGAUGAGGAGAAAUGAUCUCCCUCGGGGAAACAACGGUUGGCAGGUUCUGGACCCAACACCACAAGAACUGAGCGGAGGUGAGUUCUGCUGUGGUCCCUGUCCAGUGGCGGCCAUCAAGGAGGGAAACGUGGGAAUGAAGUAUGAUUGUCGGUUCACCUUUGCUGAGGUCAACGCUGACAUCAACCACUGGAGGAUCCUAUCUAACGGCCAGAGACAAAAGAUCAGUGUGGAAGAGAAAACUGUGGGGAGAAACAUCAGCACCAAGAGCGUUUAUGGAGACUUCAGAGAAGAUGUGACUCUACAAUACAAAUACCCUGAAGGUUCUGCUAAGGAACGAGAGGUGUACCUGAAGGCAGGAGGCAGGAUCUCAGAGCCGACUGAUGAGAGCGCAAAACCAAAACAUCUGAAACUGAUAAUCCGGCACGGCCGGUGUGUGUUUGGGACGGACUUUGAUGUGACUGUGGAGGUGAAGAAUGAAGGAAAAGAAAGUGUGCACGUGAAGCUGACGAUGAGGGUCAUGGCUGUGUCGUACAACUCCAUCUACCAGGGGGACUGCCUGAAGCAGACCAGUAAUGUGACGGUUCCAGCUGUUCAAUCCCAUAAAGAAAUCCUGCACCUGCAAUACAAGAACUAUGCCAGGUGUGUCUCUGACCAACACCUGAUCAGAGUGAAAGUGCUGGCAGAGGCUAAGGGGGUACCUCUACCCUUCAUGAGGGUGUCUGACAUCCCUCUGAGAGUGCCUGAGGUCCGCAUACAGAUUAUUGGAACGACUUUUGUUUGGGAACCGGUGUCGGUCAAUGUCUCCUUCACCAAUCCUCUGCCGGACUCUCUGAAGGGAGGGGUGUUCACCCUGGAGGGGUCUGGCCUGCUACCCGAGACCCACAUCUAUGUCACUCAUGUCAUUUCUCCCGGUGAGAAGGUGUCCGUGAAAGUACCCUUCACACCUUUUAGGACCGGGGUCAGGAAGCUCAUGGUGGACUUCGACUCAGACAAGCUGAAGGGCAUCAAGGGAGAAGCCACUGUGGUCAUCAAGUCGAGACACUGA